AAUUUGCAAGGAGCAAUUGCAAAGCCUAAUGGGAUGGUAACUGAUGAAUCCUGUGCUGGAACACAAGGCACUAGUCGAGAAUCACUAACUGUCCUAUACAACCAGUUUUGCUACGAAGCCAUUAAGUAAUGCACAAGAAGGGGCUGCAACUGAAGACAGCUACAAUGUGGCAAUGUCUGCUCUGAAAGAGGCUGUGGAGAAGGUUGCUGCAGCCAAAAGAGGUGCUGUUACUGUUGCACAGCAAGCACUACCUAUUGGUGGAGCUAAACAAGCAUUUCUUAUUGCCCAUCCAGCACAAACAAAAGCUUUGCAAGAAUUGCAAUGCUUGAAUGAAGUCAAGCAGGUCCCAUUGAUCCUCAACAUAGCAAAUGAUGGGUUGACUGGAAAUGGAUCAGAAGGUCCUGGUUUGCCUGCAGAAAGGAAGAUGACAAUGCAAAUAGUUGAUAGAGAUGUGGAGCUUGAUGCUGGUGUCCAGAAAUCUCAGAAGCAGGAUUCUUCUAGUUCAGCCGAAGCUGGCUCAAGUCCAAGACAUGGCAACAACUUAACUAGUCUGGGUUCCUCUGAGACAUAGAUGGUGGCUAUUCUUGCAGUGCCAAUGACAGUCUGUAUGCCUGUGAUGGGAAGCUUACCAGCAUCUUGUUCAGUUGCAACCCCAGGUACUCCAGGUGGCUCAUGCACCCUUCUGGCAGCUCCAAUCAAGACAUUGCCACUUUCUGAUCGUCCUGCAGGACCGAUCCCUCAAUUGCAGGAUGCACCCUUGCAGCCAGCAGCAUCUCAGUGUGGUGUACUGGUCCUAACUCCAUCUCCUGUUAGAACACUGCAAGUCCUAUUCAGGCCCGAAUACUCAAGUGCAUGCAACUGCCAUUGCUUGUGGUGCCCGUGUAGUGCCCUGUAGUGCCCCCCGAGGCCGCUGCUUCGCUGAAGGAUCGGAUCUGGAAGAGCUUCAAUUGCCAAGCCAACACCAAAUCAACACUAACAGGUGGCUGCAAGUCACUCUGUUCAAAGCUCUAUGCCUUGUGCCAUUUGGGGAUGGUAAAAUCGAUCUAACUCGAUGGAUAUGCAUCCUAUCCAAAUCUGAUCAAAUUUAAAAAAUAGGAUUUGAUCGGAUUUGGAUUUGGAUAAAAUCCGAAAACUGUAGCACGGAUAUUGGAUAGGGUAUGGGUAAUGUUGUUUUUUAUCCGAAUCCGAUCCGAAUCUACGGCUAUGGAUAAAUUUGAAUCCAUAUUUGAAUAUAUAUAUUUAUAAUUUAAUUUUGGUAAUUUUGUUUUGGUUGAUAAUAUGUAUAAAAUUAUUUUGGUUAUUUAUAUGUUUUAUGUUGAAUUGUAAUUUUAUUUUUAUAUUUGAUUCUUAUAAAUAUGGAUUUAUAAAUUAUAUUAUAUAUUGAAUUAUUAUAUGUUGAAUUGGUAAUUUUGUUUUGAUUAAUAAUAUGUAUAAAAUUAUUUUGGUGGUUUAUUUUUUUUGGGUAUGGGAUAGGUAUAGGACGGGCAUGGAUUGGGUAUGAAAAAAUGAGUUAUUCAUAGAUAUUUUCGAACCUGUUGGGUAUGGGGAUGGGUAUUUUUUUUUUAUCCGAUCGGAUAGGGUUUGGGUAUAGGAUAUUAAAUUCGGAUUUGGAGAUGGAUAGUAUAAUAUUCGAUCCAAAUUUUAUCUAUUGCCAUCUUUAGUGUCAUUGAGGAGGGCAAAAGAGAACAUGCAACUUUGAAUGCUAUGCAUAAAAGUCUGACAGAAAGUUUGGAGGAGAUGAAAGUGCGGACAAUUGAUAUGUUGCCAAAGGUGUUUGGUAAUUGAUCCUGACUGAUCUGUAGCUGGAAAUGCUGGGCAGAACGGAUCCCUUUUCGAGAAGCAGAAUGAAUUGCUGGAUAUAGCGGGGGCUGCUGAGGAUCUGUCUAUGUUUGAGAAGAGUGCUUGGACAGAGAUCAAAUGCGGUUGAAAUGCAUGUUGGCUCUACUAACCUUGAUCUGUCACAUACGAUCCCAAUGUACACAACUUCUUGGCCCCCCACUGGUGAUGGGAUGAUGGGGAAUUUUUGGAAACUGUCGUGACGUUUUGGGGACGUAGAUCACCGGGAUGAUGGUUUAUGGAUGGAUUUCGUGGUCAUCUCUGGCUCUCUCCAACUCAAUCAAUAUUAAUAAUACAUCGUGACCAUGACGGUUUGGUUAGGUUUGAUUUACUUUGUUUACUGUAUCAAUGAUGCUAACACAGGUCAGGUAUGUUGUAAAAAGUAAAUUUUGUCAAAGAUGGUAGUUAUGUUACUGUUGAAAUAAUCAACUAAAAUUUGAUGCGAGGUGCCUGGUUA